CAUUUGUUAACUAUAUAUUUUUCUCAUCCUUGCAUUCUUGACAGAUUUUCUUCAACUUGAGCAAGACUGGAGCAUGAAAAUCGACUCUUCCUCCAAUCCCUCUUCUUCCUCCAUUCCUUACGAACCUAGACCUUUCUUCCUACCAUACAGGAACUCCUUACAACACUCUGAUCUUCUUAAUCAUCACCAGCAACACCUUUCUCAACACCCUCCUCCUAUCCACCACGACCACCCGCCUUACGAUGGAUGGAACGACACUACUCAUCUCUCAUCUUACGAGCUGGACGACGGCUUGUACGACUACAUGGUAGCGUACGACUAUGAAGAUUACUCUGAGGAGGAGGUCGGUCGGCCUUACUCAGGAGGUCUGGUGGAGGGUGAGAGGUCGCCAUCUCACCCUCAGGAGGCUGGAGGACGAGGUUUACAGAGGAUCUCCAGGCACUCAACGGUGGAGCCUUACUAUGGCAACACGUCGUAUCAGUAUCCGACUACUUCACCUCAGUACCCGACAGCGUCACCACAAUACCCGACAGAAUCACCACAGUACCCGACAGAAUCACCACAGUACCUGAUAUCUUCACCACAGUACCCGACAGCUUUGCCUCAGUACCCGACAGGUUCACCACAGUACCCGACAGCUUCACCACAGUACCCGACAGAAUCACCACAGUACCCGAUAUCCUCACCACAGUACCCGAUGGAUUCGCCACAGGACCCGAUAUCUUCACCACAGUACCCGACAGGUUCACUACAGUACCCGAUAGGUUCACCACAGUAUCCGACCGCUUCACCACAGUACCCGACAGCUUCACCACAGUACCCGACAGCUUCACCUCAGUACCCGAAAGUUUCACCACAUUACCCGACAGCUUCACCACAGCACCCAACAAAUUCACCACAGUACCCGACAGCUUCACCACAGUUCUCGACAGCUUCACCACAGUACCCAACAGCUUCACCACAUUACCCGACAGCUUCACCACAGUACCCGGCAGCUUCACCACAUUACCCGACAGCUUCACCACAGCACCCGACAGCUUCACCACAGUACCCGACAGCUUCACCCAAGCAUACGACGCUAUCGCCACAGAGUCGACCUUCAGUCACACAGCGCCCUACAAGGUCUCAUAACAUCUACUCACCUUCCCAGCCCUUCAAGAAGCCAGCCAUCACUUUCUACUCGUUGGAGGAAAAUGACUAUGAUGAGGAAUAUGAAGAGACUGUGGUGAGUCCCCCUACUGACGAGGUACUUACCGAGAACUACUACACUCAGGACUCGGGUACUGACCCAAACAAUGCUCCUCCGUUUAAUCCUUACAGCUACUACAGCUCAUACGCGGAGGAGGACGAUUACAGACGAUAUUUCCAACAUCCACUUUACUCCCAGUUGAAGCCGUAUGUACGUUCUAGAGCGUUUUUCGGGCCUCACGUCGACGACACCGCGCACAGAGGACUUUUCUCUUCCGAUGGUGUGUCCCCGAGGAAGGAACAAUUACAAUACAUGAGUCCCAGGGUCGUGGAGGAUAAAGCCGCUUAUUAUCCCCAGGAGAUCCUUCGUCGGUACUAUCUUGACUCCUACACUCACGGUUCUAAUCUACGAAGAAACGACUCUGUGGCUGACAGGUACAGGGAGAACCCGUACACUAGGAAGUACCUAGGGGUGACACCGAAAUACGUGACGACAGCAGGUCCUAACCCCCCUAGACCAGCCCUACCAUUUGAAACCGAGCUCACUGAAGGAGGGUCAUACUCUGCCACACCAGCUCCUCUAGUACCUAUCUAUAACACGGUCGUCCCCCAGCAAGUAGUAGGAGGUGUAAGGCUAUCACACGUCGCCAAAGACUCAUCCUUGUAUCCAAAGAAAGAGGUUAAAUACGACUAUUACUCAACACCAUUUCCUAAGUACCAGGAACAAGUAUCAACUCCAUCAUACGAACGGGUGGCUGAAGGGUCAUAUAACUCACCCGCCGCUCAUAAAACAGAUAAACAAGCAUACCGCACCUCAGCUGCUCCACAUUAUGAGAAAGAGAACAUUGCCAACACAACACCUCGACCGCAGUUAACCACAAAGGUUCACAGACCUGUUACAGACAACAUCGCUGAACUGAACGGCUAUACAACACCGUCUUAUAGGGACGAGACGCCUGAACCAAAAUACAAGGCAGUUGUAGCCGCACUGGCUGAAGGGAAGUCCCUCCUGGAUCUCUUUCCCUAUAAAAAGCCCGAAGAACAUCCAUACAUCAGCGAUACUCAACCUGCCACACCUGAACUGAAGCGCACGACAACAGUGACUCCAAAUAGGCGUCGUAAUUUGACUACCACGACACCUCCGACAACGGCUAAGACUGUCAGGAACACUCAGGCUCCGAAAGGUCGUCGUACACUACCAAUCAGAAGAAAGCCAACACGUCGUCUAUCACCCGCGCGUAAGUAUGUCGGCGCCGUUUACUCUGAUCCAACAACAGCUAAACCUACACCGAAGUCUCCCCAUCGUUCUGUGCCAACCCCUGCCUCAAGCACUCCAGCAGCAGGAUAUGUUACAUUAUCUCCCCCCACCUCCGGUCAUGCCGCUGUAGAUGAAUCCCUCAGUCCUCACAGUAAACAUGAAGAUGUUGAUGAAGAUUUUACCAGAGGAAAGCUGCUGCGGAAGGAAAGAGUGAAGACGCAUCAGACGCCAAGAAUCUCUGUAAAAAAUAACCGACAGCCACAGAAGACGCUCCUUGAGGGAGAACAGAAGACUUCGACAGGAACCAUCCGCCGUAGGAUACCUACACUACCAAGUAACUAUAAUCCUCGAAGCCGACCAUCAAUAACAAAAUCUCCUGCUGAUGACAUCCACCAAGUCACUGAACCUCCGGCAGUGCCGGCGAAAUCCUCCCAAUAUAUUGAAGGCACACAAAACAUAACCCCUGACAAUCCAUCCACCUCACAUCAACCGCUCACCUCCCGCCCGAAAGCAAUUGUUCCGAGGAAGAAAAUCCCACCACAUCGUGUAAGACCUCUCAUGCGUUUGCCAUCAGGAAAACGUCGACUCCGUCCUAUGGGUCUUCGUCGUCGUCCAUCUCGUCCUCACCCUCAGUCUUCAACUCCUCAGCCUCCCACGCCCUCGACUCCUGUUACUUCAUCUCACCUUACAGCUGUCACCGAGCUUCCUCCUUCUAGUGUCCCUCAAGCUCAGGAGUCACCUCAUUACCUCCCUCCUUCACCUUCCACUUCUUCCCUCCCUCAGCAGGAAGACCUCCCCAGUUCCCGUCCUCUUCCUCCUGUAGUUGUUCACACAUCAGGAGACCAAACACUUGCUCACUCUCCCGCCUCCAAUACUUUAGUCCCAUCAGCAGAAGGGUCGUAUCAUACCUCUGCUUCCCCUCACCAUGAUCACCACCCAGCCUCCCUCUCCACCACCACCACCACCACCUCGGCCCCGUCAGGAGAAGGGUCAUCUCAUUCCCCUCUUCCUAUACCCACAGACAAGAACAGGAAGCAGCCGACUGUGAAUACCCCAGACGUCGCUUGGCUCAGAAAGUUGGCUGCCCAGGACGAUGAUACCGAACAAUCUGAUGACACUGAAUCGAAAUCUCAAGUGGGUUCAGAAAAGGAAGAGAGCCUGGAGGAGGUCCGUCAGUACUCCCUGGCGCUGUAUCGACAUUUGCAGGACCAACUCACGAGCAGACAAUUGGCCUUCCCUCGGCGUCGUCUUCUUCACAAGCGGAGGCGGGUGACUCGGCAGACAAGCACGUCCGAUGAGAAUGCCGCAGCAAAGGACGUUGAGGUGAUUGAUAUUGAGAGAAUGUUAUCUGAGGACUCAUCUUUCAUCCCUCCGGUCGAUCCUAAGAAACUGAGAAUCGCUAUCAAUAAGCUCCUGCAGCUGGCUAAUUCUCAAAAGAAGAAAGGUUACACGUAUGACAAACCCAAUGGAUUCACUUCUUUCAUUCCCAAAGAGUUGGAGGACAGCGGGGAGGAGGUCACUGUUCCAACAGAAUCUCUAACACCAGAGGGACGCCCAGAGAAGCUUCAGGAGAUUGAACUCAUCGGAAUUGACGCCAGUUUACCCUCCGAGGAAGAGAGUGACGCUGAGAUUACUCCUCUCUUCAUCACCUCUGCAACACCUGUGACUUCUGCCAAUCAAGUUGCUCAGGUGACGCCCGCAACAGAGGUAAGCAAUACAUAUUUACCUCCAACACAGGUUGUUGACACACUGGGAAGGAAACCUUCAAGAUUUCGACCAGGGAGCCGCCCACGACGACCGUUUUAUGGACGACGUCGACGAUAUAGGGGCUACCGUCAUCAUUGUCCUUACCCAGACACCAACAGUGUGACCUCCCAUAGGCCCCUCGUGCUACCCACCAUCCCCUCACGACCAACGGUUCCUGAACUUGAUUUCAUCUCGACUACUACUCCUGCUACAUCUCCUGCCCCUCUCCUUCUCCCCGAGAUUCCUGUAACUGCCCCUGAAGUUGUUACUGUACCCAGUCUAAGUCCCGCUGUCCCAAGGAUCCCCGGUGCCCUCCCAACAUCACCUCCUACCUCACCUGCCCCAAACGCUGUCACAACUACUACUUCGAGCCCGAAUCUUAACCAACCAGCGCCUUUUCCUGACUACGAUGAUGAAUAUGAUGACGAUUAUGACUACGAGUACGACGAUGACUACAGCGAUUAUGAUAAUGAAUAUGAUGAAAAUGAUGAUGAAGAUUAUGAUGAGGACUAUAAAUUAAGCGAAGAUGGUGGUGUUGACCCAGGCUUCACAGGGGGCAACAGAAGGCCGGGGGGAGAAGGCGUCACCCCCGUCACUGACCGCAGCCUCUUCGGAGCUGGUAGAAGCGGUGCCGGUGAGCGUUCUGUUAUCAUCCUGGUCGAGCCUGAGAAUACCAACGCUGAGCGAGAAAGAGACAGUGUGAGAAGUCCUCUGAAAGUGUCUCAGGGAGGAGAAGGUGGAUCAGCUAUCAUUGUAGUUGACGGAGCCGUUGACGACAUCGGGAGAGGCAGCACCAGAGUCUUGUCAGAGUCUAGAGAAGAAGGGAGAGGAGGAGAAGGCCAGUCACCCGUCAUCCUUAUAGAAAAAAAUACUCCAGAAUCGAGAUGGGGAGACUCUCCAGUCAUUCUAGUAGAAAGUAGUGCUAAGGGCAACCAGCGGAGAACGUUAAGAGAAUUCACAGCAUCACGAGAACGUCAAGGAAGUGGACCUACGGUAAUCUUAGUGGAAAACGAUGGUGAUGUCAAUCCUGGGUCAAAAGAAUCAAGAUGGCAGGAGUCUCCUGUGAUCCUGGUGGAGGGGAGCGCUGAUGACAUUUAUACGGGGAAGUCAAAAAAUCUCCCUGGAUCAAGGGAGAGAGGGGGGAAGGGUUCUCCCGUAAUUCUGGUCGAACCUGGUGUUGGUACGAGCACAAGAGGAGAGACAAGAAACUCUUUAGGAUCAAGAGGACGAGAUGGUGAGGCAACCAUCAUCCUAGUUGAGACAGAGGAAGGUGAGUUCAGAAAGGUGAGAAACUUCGACAAGCGUCUCACAAAUCCAGGUGACCGUGAGAACGAGGGCACGGUCAUCCUACUCGUCAAUGAAGCUAAGACACCCUCGCAGCCUCCUGUAAGCACUCUAAACCCGACCGCAACGCCUCUUUUAAGUCAGCUGACACCACCUCCGGCAACACUCGCUAACUUUCGUCCUUCCAUAAACAGAAUACCAGAGCCAGUCACUUCUCGAUCAAAAUCCACUAGAAAUCCUCUGUUUCCACCGAUAAAUUCUAUAAAUCCUCUACCAACCCGACGGAAUCCAGAGUUCCUUGACGAAGGACUUCCUACUAGAAUAACAAGAACUUCAACUGAAGAUUCGAGACGUCGUCGCCUGAGAUCCAGAACUAGGAGACUCCGGCCUCAAGGCCGUGUGAGCACUGGAGGCACUGGACGUGUCCGUAAUAUUCUUCUUGGCCGCAGGCGACGACCGGAGGGUCUUCGAAGAUUUAGAGGUGAUGUAGGCGAAGGAAGAGAUGAUGACAGAGCGAGUAGAGACACUUGGGACAACAGAAGUCAACGAAGAGAAGAUGACAGUAGGCAGCAAGACCUAAGUACAGUCCGGACACCUCCAGGUCGACAAGGAGGGUUCUCAGGUGAUCACAGACAGAGGCCUUUUAUAAAUAGAGUAAAGGAGGCUCCUGAAUUUUUCACCGGACGCAGAGAAUUUCCAAGAGGAAAUCCAGAGCUCCUGGGUGACCGUCAGGUACUCCCAGGUGACAGCAGAGAAAAUACAGGAAGAAAUGGGGAGAGGACGAAAGGCCAGCGGGUGUCCGAAGAAAUCUUGGACUACGGGGAUCAGGAGUCGUGGCUGGGACACGAAGGGUUCUCCUGGCAGGCUCGGUUUCCUCCUGAAGUCCGAGUCACGAGGACCAGUGAAGUCGUUCCCGAGAAAAUUCAUGAACUCCGUCGGUCCAUCGAGGCCAGAGCUCGGGCCUGGACACAAUUUGGUCUGCAGAGAACCAGACCCGAGUUUAGAAGGUAUCGUCGGCUUCGUGGGGAAUAAAAAGGAAAAAAAAUGUAACUAACAUUAAAGAAAUUUCCCUAACUCUAUUUAUUGAGUGUUUUGUCACACUUGCUCAUUAUAUUGACUUUAACCUGGAGUCAAUCUGAAGGUGUCGAGGACAUGUUCAUCUGUUUCACAACAAAGUGUAACUGAGAACAUUUGAAGGAUGAAGGUGUAUCGUAUUCUCUUAUCAGUUAUCUUACUACCGUGGACGCAUCUUUGUCUUACUGUACUGGACACUACGCGAUGGUGAGGUGGUCAGUGAGCUAACACCAUAGAUCAGUUCUCGCUGUAACUCAGUCAACGCGAGGCCAAACAAGUUAACUCUCACGUGAUGGUUAACUCGUUCCUACUGUGAAAUAAACAGAAACUAUAAUAAGGAAAACAAAUCUCUGAGUUUCUGAAGUAUUUAAAAAAAAUGUUGACUUAAAACAGUGAAGUGAUCUUAUUGCUUUGUUGGCCAUUUUUUGCAUUAUUUUAUUUUUCUUAUGUUGUUGUUGAUAUCUUCUGUUAUCUAUAUGUUAUUAAAAUCAUUAAUAUAAAUGUUUUGUAUGUAUGUAUUUGUCAGCGGGAACCAAAGUGGAUCUUAUGCUUUGCUGCAUAAUAUGUAUGUAUAUGUAUGUAUGUAUGUAUGUAUAUAUGUAUAUUGUCUUCCAAAUAUAUCCGUAAAGUUUUGAUGCAGCUCCUUAAAAGUUCAAACACAGGGUGGUGCUGGCUACCUCUCGCUGUGACUUGAUUAUCAUAAAGAAAAGUUGCCUGGGCUUAACGUCAUAAUACACGGUGAGGGGGAGGGGGGAUGAUCCACCCCCCCCCACCCCCACCCCCCCACCCCCACUCACCAUGGCGACAGCUGGAGUCUGUGUUUUGUGCUCACCUGUUCUUUUAACCGUAUCUAUAGUAUAUAUUUCCUGUAUUUUUUCUAGUCAUUGUUUAAUUUUUGAGUUCUUCUGGUGAUAAAACAGAUUUGUUUCCAGGAGAAGUCUUGUGAAGGAAACGACACUGAACUUUAUCAUCUCUAACACUGUUAAACCCGCCACGUUAGUGUCACUAAACACUAGACCUGAAGUGAACCCUCUUCUGUUUAUUUCACCAGAAGAUGUUUUUUAUCCUCUUUAAGUCAUCAUUGAUCACAAGGACGAUACAACUCCUCCCUACGUUCAGUGUCAACAAAGUCGUCAGGAGGAUCAGCUGUUUAGUGUUUACAUGUCGUGUCCCGUUUUUACUGUUGUCAUACACUUGUUAUUUCCUCACGGUGUUGUUGUCACUGUUGGUUUUUAUAGUUUUUUAAAGGAUAAAAUAAAAACAUAUAUAUUU